CGGUUGAUGAAUCGGAACUUCUCACUGUGCCAGAUGGAUGGAAAGAGCCAGCCUUUACACGAGAGGAUAAUCCCAAAGGGCUGCUGGAAGAAAGCAGUUUUGCAACGUUAUUCCCGAAGUAUAGAGAAGCAUACUUGAAAGAAUGCUGGCCACUAGUCCAGAAAGCAUUGAGUGAACAUUAUGUGAAUGCAACACUGGAUCUAAUUGAAGGAAGCAUGACUGUCACUACCACUAAGAAGACUUUUGAUCCAUAUGCAAUCAUCAGGGCUAGAGAUUUAAUAAAACUUCUGGCAAGAAGUGUUCCAUUUGAACAGGCAGUUCGUAUCCUUCAGGAUGAUGUUGCAUGUGACAUCAUUAAAAUAGGCUCUUUGGUGAGGAAGAGGGAUACUUUUAUAAAAAGAAGAGGAAGGCUUCUUGGGCCAAAAGGAUCUACUCUGAAGGCCCUGGAACUG